CUCUCUCUUGCAAGUCCUCCGUCUCGCUCUCGUUCUCAGUGCUGGCAAUGGCGGACGAAGGGAUGGUGGUGCUGGACGGGACUGAGCUCAGAGAUCUCGAUCUCCGCCUUCCCGUCCCUGACGGCCCUGUUGCCGGAGCCAUGGCACUUCAGCUGGCUGAGUCCGAGGCUUCCACGCGUCUCUUUGGCAUCUCUUUGCCGGAGAACAUCCGAUCCACCGCCCUGCGUACGAUCAGGGAGGCUGAUGAUCUUGAUUUUCUCUCGGAGGUUUUUCAUGACUCCGAUGCUCUCAGGUCUUUGAUCCAAAAGUUCCUCCUCGUCGUCGCUGAUCAGCUGAAAGAUGAUCCUCUUGUUGUUUCGGUGUUGAAUGGAAAUGCUCUUCGGAUUGUUCUGGAUGAUGAAGAUGAUUUUGCAAUGUUAGCAGAAAACCUCUUCACAGAUUUGGAUGCAGAUGACAAUGGGAAGCUUAGCAAAAAUGAUAUAUCAAAUGCCCUUCUACGUAUGGGGGUACAACUGGGGGUUCCUCCUAUUCGAGAAUCAGAAUCCACUGAUCUGCUUUCAAACAUCAUAAAAAAACAUGGAGCUGAGGGUGAAGAAAAAUUGGGCCAAUCACAAUUUGCAGAUUUACUUCAGACUAUUCUACAAGAUCUUGCAGAUGCAUUAUCUAAAAAACAUGUUACUGUCAUCAGGGAAGUCAAGGUCAUCAAUGGCUCAAAGUUGAAGAAGACUUUGGAAAAUCAGAAGCUAUUCAAUGAAGUCCUUGAGAAAUUAUUUCUGGAAUGGAAGACUUAUACAAAUGGACAAGAGGACAAGGAACUGCGUGGUUUUCUUGAAGUAGAAGGACUUGAAUUCGGCUUACCUUCAUCAGAAUCUAGUGAAGCAGUUGCCCUUCUGUAUGACCAAAUAUUUUCAGAAAUCAAUAAAGACAAGAUAACUGGAGACUUGGAAAGAGAUGCAUUUCAGGUCAUUGUGAAGGAUAUCCUUGAGAAGAUUGCACAACAACUUGAAGAGGACCCAAUUUUCAUUGAUUUGGAGUGUUGAGGCAAGUUUUUUUUUUUUUUGGUUGAAAUUUGCCCUUGUACUGGUGAUUUUUCAUAUGAGAAUCUACAAGUCCUCUGCAUUUACAAUUCUGUCUUAUAAAUUUGGAUUCUGUACUUGAACUUAAAAGUGUUCUUUUAUCCAUAAAUAAAAUAUACAGAAAAUGCUCUGCUUUGACA